UGAGCGCAGAGUAUGAGUGUAUGAAUGUAACGCUCGUGGAUCGUUCUUUCAAUUCCCGGUCAGUCUCCGAUGCUGUUCACAACUAUUUGAAGAUAAGCGUGUGUGUAUCUUGAGAUAAAACUUUGAGAGUUGCGGUCAAGCUAUAUGUGACAAACUUGAAAAAAAAUGUUUACUGUCAUGACUACUUGAGUCACAGUUGGCUUCCAAAGUCUGAGAGAGGAGAGAGCGAGAUAAAACGGCACGUUCAGAUCCUUCACGAAGUAUUUGUGACACGCCUCCCGCAGGGAACGGCACCCACGAUUACACAAACGAUUUUUGAACUUCUCACAGCAGUGCUUACGUGAUUCCACGAAUCUCCUCACCUCUACCAAAAUGAACAAAUUCGCUGUGGUAGUGGCAACUCUUCUGUUGGUUGGUGUGGCAGAUGCAGCGAAAAUUCUUGUUCUGAUGCCAGUCCCAGCCAAAAGUCACUUUGGUGCAUAUGCACCUCUUUUCGAGGAAUUGGCAAGAAGAGGCCAUGAGGUGACUGUCGCAAGUCCAUUUCCAAGGAAAACACCGCUUGCUAAUUACACAGAUAUAGUUCUGGAGGAUACGUUUCCGGCAAGAGAUAGCAAAGAGUUUAAUACUUUUGAAAUGCGAGAGGCACCAUUUCCCAUGAUGAUGUAUUUCAUCUUUAAAAUUUGUUCCGAGAGUUGUGAAAAAGUGCUUCAGUUGCCCAAUAUGCAAAAGUUAAUAAAUAGUAAGGAUCUCGAGUUCGACCUAGUACUUUAUGAGCCAUUUUUCACCGAGUGUACAUAUGGGCUUCUUCACAAAUUUAAAGCACCCAAGAUCCAACUCGUACCCAACUCAAUCAUCCCCUGGUCAGGAGACCCCGUUGGGAACCCCAGUACUCUCUCUUAUAUCCCAAUUCUGACCUCUGACACAGGCUCACUAGAUUUUAUGGGCCGAUUUUCUAACUUUAUGCAGAUGUCUUUCUUGGUACUUUUCCGCACAUUUAUUGUUGUUCCAACAAUGGACUCAAUUAUGAGGAAACAUUUUCCUGACCCAACCAUACCUAGUAUAGAUGAACUAGAAACUGACACUGCUUUCCUUUUCCUUCAUAGUCACCCAGCACUCAAUAACCCUCGACCCUUGACACCCAAUACGAUUGAACUAGGAGCCCUUCAUGUGAAAGAAAAGGGGAAGCUUCCUCAGGACCUACAGAAAUUCUUAGAUGAUGCUCCACAUGGAGUGAUUUACUUUAGCUUAGGUUCAAAUGUACGCAGUGUUGAUAUGCCAGAAGCUAAACGCAAUUCUUUCAUCCAAGCAUUCUCUAAGUUGAAACAGAAAGUGUUAUGGAAAUGGGAAGCCGACUCUUUGCCAGGGCAACCCAAAAACGUGCGUCUCGGAAAAUGGCUUCCUCAACACGAUAUCCUAGCUCAUCCUAAUGUGAAGUUAUUUAUAACUCAUGGAGGAUUGAUGAGUACUCAAGAAGCCACGUAUUUUGGUGUUCCUUUGGUAGCAGUUCCUAUCAUGGCAGAUCAGAAAGUGAAUGCGUUACGUGCUGAAAAUUCAGGGUAUGCUGUAGUGUUGGAUGUUCACAAUAUUACCGAAGAAUCCGUGAGCUGGGCCCUUAAUCAAGUUCUCAAUGAACCAAGGUACCGUGAGAAUGCAAAACGCUUAUCUUCAAUCAUAACAGACCAGCCACAGAAGCCAUUGGAGAAGGCUGUUUUCUGGGUAGAAUAUGCGAUUCGUCAUGGAGGCGCUCCUCAUUUGCGUUCUGCAGCGUUGAAGCUGAACCCGCUCCAAUAUUAUUUCUUAGAUGUUAUAGCUGUGCUCGCAUUAAUAGUACUGGCUGUCAUAGUCCUAACAACCUUAUUCGUGCGUGCAGUUGUUAAAACUCAGAGACAGUUGGAAACUCCCAAAGAUCGUGGUUCACGAAAUAUUGGAGGUACAGUUCACAAAAAAACACUG